AUGUUUUACUGUCGUUACUGUCUACAUGGAUUUAUCCGAGAAGACCUUCUGCAAGAGCAUGAUCCCCACUGGUGUCGACAUGGUGCCCAGCGUAUUGAAUUACCGAAUGAAGACAAUACUUCACUCCAUUUCAAAGAUUAUCAUAAGCAACUCAAGGCACCAGUUGUUAUUUACGCUGAUAUUGAAAGCAUCACAGUCAAGAUCGAUUCAGUUUCCUCAAAUCCAACUAAAUCGUUUACCGAAAAAUACCAGCACCAUCAACUUUGUGGAUUUUCGUAUGUUGUUGUAUCAGAGGCAGAAAAAUACAAGAAACCUCCUGUCGUUUACCGUGGGGACGACACAAUGGGUAAAUUUCUCGAGUGCUUAGAGACAGAACAGCAAUACAUUGACGAGAAAGUCAGUUUCAUCGAGCCCAUGCGAAUUGUUUCUUCUGUGGUUUUGAAUUGGGCGCAAACCGGGUUCGCGAUCAUUGCCACCUCACAGGAAAGUAUCGUGGAGCCGCGCAUAAUGAAUGCAACCUAAACUAUAGUUUUGCUGGACGCAUUCCUAUCAUCCUUCACAAUCUUCGUGGUUAUGAUUCUCACCUGAUCGUGCAAGCUAUAGAAAAGGUAAAGAAUAAAGAAAUAAACUGCAUCCCCAACAACACUGAAAAAUACAUCUCUUUUACAUCGACAAGUUAAAUUUCAUUGACUCACCGCAAUUUAUGAACGCAUCUCUAGAGCGAUUGGUGUCUAAUCUUUCAAAAAGUGGCGUAGAUAUGUUUCCAACUCUCCAAAAACACACUGAAGCAGAUAAACUACCACUACUUCUGCGAAAAGGUGUAAAUUCAUAUGACUACAUGGAUAGUUUUGAAAAUUCUGAUGAAGAAACUCUGCCUCUAUAUCUUGCAUUAGGGAUGGAGGUGACAAGAAUACAUAGAGUCUUGGUGUUUCAACAAAUUCCAUGGCUCAAAGCCUAUAUAGAUUUCAAUACAGAAAGAGGAAAGUGUGCCGCGAAUGACUUUGAGAAAGAUUUCUACAAGCUGAUGAAUAAUGCUGUGUUUGGAGAGACCAUGGAGAAUCUGAGAAAGCGAGUCAAUGUCAAGUUGAUCAACGACAAGACAAAGCUGACGAAACUGCUCGUCCAUCGUUUGACUCUUUCCGUAUUUUCUCUGAGGACCUCGCUGCAGUGAAUUUGGAGAAAACAAAGCUAUACUUUAAUCGACCACUCUAUGUGGCAUUUACAAUCCUGGAUCUCUCAAAGGUGUUGAUGUAUCAGUUUCAUUACGAACAUAUGAAACAGGAGUACGGUGAUAACGCUAAGCUGCUUUUCACGGAUACGGAUAGUCUAUGUUAUGAAGUGAAGACACGUGACAUCUACCAAGACAUGUUAGAAGACACAGAGCUAUUCAACACAUCCUUUGUACAAUAUAAAAAAGCAAGAAAUUUCUCGGUUAGAUGAAAGUUGAGACGCAUGGAAUUCCAAUUCAAGAAUUUGUUGUUUUAGGGCCAAAGAUGUACUCCAUCCUAUACACUGAGAACAGCAAGCUGGUGGAGAAGAAGACAGCUAAAGGAGUAAAGAAGUCGGUGACAAAUAAGAAGAUAAGACAUGAUGAUUAUAAAACCUGCUUAUUUAAUAAGAAGCAGACGAAAGCGUCAAUGAAUCAGAUUUGA